GCCUGAGCUCUGCCUCGCACCGGCCGUGCUCUAUUACUACGCCUGCCGGCCCAGCACCGGUUAAGUUGGCGCCAAAUUAGGCAAGCUAGCUCGCACUGCACGUACGCGUCAGCGCGCUCUGUCUGCUGCCAAAGGGGCGUGCACACCAAAGCUCCAUUAGCUAGCGCGCGGCGGCUGCGGCCAUACGUACGUCCGGCGAUGAGGCCACGGCCGCCGGCUGAUCUCGUGGUCGGCCUUUUCGUCCUGGCUGUCCUCGUCGUCGUGCCGUGGCAUGCCGCCGCGGCCGGAGGGGACGGCGGCGGCAUGGUGCGGACGGACGGCACGCGCUUCGUGGCGGGGGACGGCGACCGGACGGUGUACCUCAGCGGGUUCAACGCCUACUGGCUCAUGGAGAUGGCGUCCGACCCGUCGCGGCGGGGCGGGGUGGUGUCGGCGUUCCGGCAGGCGGCGGCGCACGGCCUCAACCUCGCGCGCACCUGGGCAUUCAGCGACGGCGGCGACCGCCCGCUGCAGUCCUCGCCGAGCGUCUACCACGAGGACAUGUUCCAGGGUCUGGACUUCGUCGUCGCCGAGGCGAGGCGGCAUGGGAUAUACCUCCUCCUCUGUCUUACCAACAACUUCGACGACUUCGGCGGCAAGCGCCAGUACGUCCAGUGGGCGAGGGAGGACGUCGCCGCCGGCGCCGGCGCUCACAACCUCACCUCCGCCGACGACUUCUUCGACAACACCCUCGUCAAGUCCUACUACAAGAACCACGUCAAGACGGUGCUGACGAGGGUGAACACGGUGAGCGGCGUGGCGUACCGGGACGACCCGGCCAUCUUCGGGUGGGAGCUGAUGAACGAGCCCCGGUGCGGCGCCGACCCCACGGGCGCCAUGGUGCAGGCGUGGGUGGAGGAGAUGGCGCCGUACCUCAAGGCCAUCGACGCCGCCCACCUGGUCACGGCGGGGCUGGAGGGCUUCUACGGCGACGGCGCGCACGAGAGCAAGGAGCUCAACCCGUGGGGCAUCUACUACGGCACCAACUUCGUGGCCACGCACCAGGCCGCCGGGAUCGACUUCGCCACCAUCCACCUCUACCCGGACGUCUGGCUCUGGGGCUCCACCGCCGACCAGCAGGCGCGCUUCUUCCGCAACUGGACGGCGUCGCAUGUCAGUGACACCCACCGCCACCUCCGCAAGCCGCUCCUCGUCACCGAGUACGGCAAGUUCCUCUGGGAGGAGGGCGGCGAGAACGCCACGUCCGCCACGCAGAGGAGGGACCGCUUCCUCGGCACGGUGCUCGACGCCAUCUACGAGUCGGCGUCCCGGGGCGGGCCGCUCGUCGGCGGCGCCUUCUGGCAGCUGCUGCUCGACGGGGACGGCAUGGACGCGCUCAAGGACGGGUACCAGAUCGUGCUCCCCGAGGACGCCCGCGCAGCCAGCAUCAUCAGCGAUCACUCCGAGAAGAUGGCCGAGCUCAGCGAGCAGGACGCGGCGGAGUCCGGUCGUCGAACGACGAGGAAGAUCGGCAGUUUUGGCAGCUGGGAUGGUACUCAUCCUUACGUCCAAAGAUUCUUGAUUCGUUUCGUCUCUCUGCUCAGAUCCGUUUCUUCACUGUUUGGUCCCAUGUAGCUAAGCUAGCUAGGCUGGACUGUGUAGUAGAGAAAUGUUCAGAUACCUCCCCUGAGUGUAGCAAUUUUGACUUUUUUCCACGGUGCCGUCUGAGACUUUCCAAAAGUUUUAAUUAGCUGACUCAAGAGUUGUAAAUGGAAAGUACUACCUAGAAGAGAACUCGGCGUGAGUGAUCUGAGUAGUACAUAUGAAGAUGGGCAAUCAGAGUAUAUUGCAAUUUCUUGUUUAUGCAUAUAUGUGCCA